AUGAGUAUUUAUACAUAUGCCGAGAAUGGCAACAAGAAGGAAUUGGCACAGCUCAUCAAUGAUGGCGUCGAUAUCAAUAAACCUGGAACAUCGAAUCGUUCGGCACUGCAUCACGCCGCCAUGAAUGGACACACAGAGAUCGUUGCUAUGCUUCUUGGCAAGGGUGCCACUGUCAAUUGCCAGACGAAUCGCGGUGCCACCCCGCUCCACUAUGCCUCGCGAUCCGACCGCAUCGAGUGUGUAUCGCUGUUGCUCGACCACGGCGCCGACGUCAACCAGGUCGACUCUACCAACUCGACACCGCUGCACUCGGCCAUCGUCUACAAGUCCGACAAGACUGCGCUGGCGCUCAUCAACAACUACGGUGCCGACAUCAACGCGCAGAACAACGACGGCUCUACACCACUCCACUUGGCAGCGCAACGUGGAUAUCGCGAGAUCAUUGUUGCACUCCUCGAGAAGGGUGCAAAAGUAGAGGUUCGCGACCACAACGGUGAUACUCCAUUCUCAUUGAUUCCACUCACCGACACCAUCGAUAUUAUCUCUUCGUCUGCAAAGAAUACACUAGCUAAUGAUAUAUCAUCUUUGAUGUAUAAUAGUAGCAGUAGCAGUAGCAGUAGUAGUGGUAGUAAUACAAGUACAACAGAGACAACAACAACAACAACUACUACAGCAACAGAAACAGCAGAAGCAACAGCAACAACAACUACAACUACAGCAGAACCAAAUGGUGAAUCUAAAAUGAAUAUAGAUCAAGUUAAGAGUGAAGAUGAGACGGCCGUUAGUAAUAGUGGACUUUUUAGCGAUGUUACAUUCAUAGUUGAAUCCAAUAAGAUACCAGCACACAGAUGUAUAUUAUCAGUUCGAUCGGAACACUUUAAGAGAUUACUACUAAAGCAUAAAUCAGAGAAAGAAUUAGAGAUAAAAGAUAUAUCUUUUAAAGUAUUCCAAUCCAUUUUAGAUUGGGUAUACAAUGAAUCAGUAUCAACAUUUAAAGUAAAAGAAAUUGUAGAUUUAUCAUUUGCAACACAAUUGUUGAUCGCUGCAAUCAAAUAUAACAUUAAAGCAUUGGUGCAGUUGUGCGAGCAAUACUUGAUCGAGACUGUCACCUCGACAUCGAUCAGUUCCAUCUGGCAGGAUUUGAGGUCGACAGAGAUCAAGUCGAACUGCCCAGAGUUGGCCAAGCGUUGCGCACAUCUGCUGUGUAAGAAUUGGAAUGUAGUAGGUAUCAUCAAAGCGAUUGCUGACAUGCCACGCGUCGAUAUGAUCGAGAUGGUCAACCUGCUUCCGAUCCAGCCAUUGCAAGAGCCUGCCGCCGCCGCCGCUGCUCCUGCCGCCAACGCAACUGCCGCCAGUAGUAGCAGCACCAGCAGCUCUAGCAGUAGCAGCACUAGCAAUGCCAGUAGCACACCCAAAGGAAAGACAACCUCAAGAACACGCGCACCCACCACACCCUCAUCGACUGCCACACCCACCAAAUCAUCGACCACCACACCAACACGAUCAUCGACCUCCUCAUCUAAAGUUCCAAGCUCACCACCCACCGGUGACUCCAUGGACAAGAAGAACCUUGAAAUCUGUAAAAACAUCAACUCGCAAAUCCACAGAAAGAAAAUGGCGGAAAUCUUCCACUUUGCUGUCGAUCCAAUUGCACUCAACAUUCCACAUUACUUUGAUGUAAUCAAACAUCCAAUGGAUCUGAGUUUAAUUCAAAGUAAAUUAGACGGUGGUUUAUAUAAAUCUAUUAAGGAUUUCGCGGCAGAUAUGAGAUUGAUGUUUGAUAAUGCAAUGUUGUUCAACGAGGAGGGUUCACUUAUUUAUAGAAAUACAAAGAAAUUGAUGGCAGAGUUUAAUAAGAUAUAUUGGGAUCACUUCCCAUUCGAAAAGUCUGCCACUCCAGCAGCUGCUGCCGCUGCACCGACAACCUCGGCCUCUACCAGCAGCACCCCAGCCAAAGCACCGGCACCAUCGCCAGCCGAAGCAACAGAGUCGAGCGACAAGAAGAGAAAGUCGAUGGAGCCAUCAAAGGCAGCACCAUCCACCUCUUCAAAUACACCGAGUGGCGAGUCGUCUUCGAAAUCCUCUACUUCCUCUUCGUCGGCAUCGGCAAACAACGAGUCGGCCAGCAGCAAAACCAAUGCUUCGUCCAAUAACAACGACGUUAAGAUGACAGACACUUCACCGUCACUCAAGAAAUACACUGACAAAGAAAGAAAGAACCUAAUGGAGAUGAUCAACGAUUUGAACGAAGAUCAACUCACCAAGAUUCUCGAAAUCAUCGAACCAAAAGCAAUCAAAAAGAGUGAUGAAGGUGUUGAAAUCGAUAUGUACGAAGUUGGUGAUGCAAAUUUAGCUCAACUAGAAGAAUUCAUUUUCUCUUGUUUAAAGAGACAAAAAGUAUAA